GUGUUGCGGGCAGGCCUGCAUGCCGCCGCCAGGCAACCUGCGUUUGUUUGUACACCUCUGUUUGCUAAGUCACCUCUUAAAAGCAGAUUUGUACGAGGGCCAAGCGGAGAGGCUUGUUGUUCACAGAGAGCGUUUAAGUGUACAGUACGUGUACGUGUGAAGGAAAAGUUCUCCAACACGAGUUUUGUACGAUUCUGUUUCUGACACGACGUUAGGACAUUCCGAUGGCAGCUAUGGAGUCUACGGGAAGUGUGGAUAGGGUUUAUUUUGACGAUCACCUGUUCCGUAACCGGAGAUUGGACUCUGUACGGAGGGGUGCAGAUAACCUCAGACUGUUGGAGAACAUGGCGAAAACACACUGGCAAGAGAACCAGCCUCACCGACCGGCCAAGAGAGUCACCUUCCUCUCUAGCGUUGCCCCCGACCGCUUGACAGAAAAGAGCGGCGCGGUGAGAAGCUCGGAGAACUUGGCUACUACGGAGCAGGAAAUGGUUACACCAAGGCACGGUAAAGUAAGUCAACUUGGAGAUUUACAUGUCAAAUUUCAGACUCUUGACGCUAAGAAGAGUAAAAGAAAAGGAAAAGUCCGCAGCGAAAGCGAAGGUUUAACACCUGUGAAGAACAAUUAUAGUCAUUCGGGACGGACUUUAGUCCCUAUAGCGCCUCAGGGGAUGAGACAUUCUACAGGUAGCGUCACCAUGGCAACUAAACCAAAACAACCGCCGCGGGCACUCGUCGCUUCGGUGCACCUCGACAUGCAAAGUUUCCACCGAACAAACUUUCCUGCGAGCUCGAAAGCUGUCAACGUAAACACGGACACGCCACGCAGGAACCUGGUCACCGCCAGCGUGAACCUUCCCCCGCUCCAACUGCCUCAUUUACGCCGCAGACUGAACCGAACCGACACGCAGUUCACCUGUAAUAACGGGUUCGUCACUCUCACCAACAACAAACCCGGGCAGCGGCCCGUCAAUAUCUGCUCCAUCCCCGACAUGGAGGGUCUGACGGAGGAUCUGUGCGACCCGCUGCACCGGGCGGACCGGGAGACGUCGGCGGUGAUGCGGCGGGAGAACACCCGCGUGCUGCUGAGGAGGGUGGACCACAUCCUCGACCCCAACAGGCUGCAGAUGACUAGCACUGCCGGCUCCACCACACUGGAGGUACACGGCAGGUCAGGGUCUCCUACACUGUCUGAGCAAGACGCUGGGAUUACAUCUGGAAGACGGCGGGAAUACGUCUUAAAGAAGCCUCAUAUUGCCCUUAAAGACGUUAAGGACCUCAAGAACGACUCGAUGCCGCCUGGGCACAGACUAGACGUACACACCAAGUGCCAACAGUGGAUAGAUUCUUUCAGCUGAUCAUUGUAAAU